GUAUCGACAGCACCCUACCUGUCUUCCUACCACGAUGUUUGGCUUGGAUUUCAUUGCGCUUCUAAUCCUUCUGCUCUCACUGGCGAUCGUCCUUGUUGUGACGGUCCCCUUGACCGGAGCGCUUGUCAGGCUCCGAGCGAACUUCAACCCAAAAGGAUUGCAACUCGACCAUGAAGGCAGCGUUCAACCGCAUACAGGCCCUAUCGUCACGUCCUACUUUGGAAUGCUCAAGCGAGUGUACAAGAUCGAGGGAGUUUCGGGAUUGUACAAGGGGUUUAUGCCCACGCUCUUGUCUACGGUUCUCAUCACGUUGUUCGUGAUCGUGUUCUUCGAUGCCACCACCAUCGCUAGGCAUGACGCGUACAGUGCACCGCCAACUGGCGUGCUUGGGACGUUGGCGUUCGCGACCAUGUACAUGCUCGUAUCCCUGCCAGCAACGAUAAUAACUUAUCGUGCGAUCACAACACCGCACAAGCUUCCAUGGGUCAAUCCUAUGGUGUCGCUCAGGGUUCUACUCACGCCUACUGAACGGCGCCGCCCGUACAUCCUCUAUCUCACCCCCGGACUGAUCGCGGCACAGCUUGCACACAUCGCAUACGUGACUAUAGUACUUCAAGGAUCUCGUCGCUUGCUCUUGCCGCAGCUACAAUCCGGGGAGGCUUUCCCAACGGAAGACGUUUCGGCAUGGCGAAUCGUACUCUUCGUAUUCAUGGCGGCUCUCAGCACCGCGGCCCUUUGCCCCCUCGAGGUCAUCACGACGAGACUCGCCAUCCAGCGUAACCACGCCUCUGCCGAGUACAACUCGGUUGCGCAGGAAGUAGAAGGCGACGCGGAGGAGACCGUCGAGUAUGCGGGCGCCGAGGAAGAUGUCAUCGGGUUGAGGAGCGAGCGUGAUCCAUACCUUGGCCUUGUCGACUGCGCCAAGAGGAUCAUUGAUGAAGAGGGCAUCCGUACCUUAUAUCGCGGCUGGUGGAUUACCUUACUUGGAGGUGUUGGCAGACCAGUCGCGUAAGGUACUUGGAGAAGUUCGACCGUAUGAUCAACCGAGGACUCGCUUUGCAUUCGAAUUACGAGAUCGAUUUAAUGGGCACUGUAUAAUAUGUUGACUACUCAUCGUAUAUCAUGCGACGUGCUAAGCUGGGCUCCAGCUUUUUGAUUCGCG